AUGACGCAGAUUCUCUCCCCAGCCGCGACAGAUACUUCAGCAUCGCAUUCGGUGGGUAAAAGUGGUGGACCGAAUGCACCUGCGCCUUUGGAAUUCCAUACCAAGCCCACCGAAACCAUCAUUCCUGCGGCUCAUGGCUAUGCUGAAGCUCUGAAAGCCGGCACCAUCUUCCGUCUGGUCGAUCUUCACGGGCUCCAAAUCAUCGACAUGAGCGCAUUUGUUCUCCCCUACGCCUAUGGCUCGAUAGCAUCAGCAGAACAUCUUUCUCCAUCCUACACAUUACACCACACGAGAGGGACACCCAUCACAGUGGGCGAGCCCAUCUACUCCAACAUGGACCGAGAACUCCUCCGCCUGGUUGGCGACACGUGCAAAACGCACGACAUGACCUUCAUGUCAUGCUUCCCCAAGAUGUAUGAGGACCGCGGCCUGCCAGGCCAUAGAUCGUGUGCACAGAAUAUGGUGGAAGCCUUCUCCCGGUUCGGUAUGCAAGGCCUUCCCGAAGUGAGGGAGCCCUUCAAUGUGUUUCAGAAUUCACCCUACUUUUGCAAAAAGGCCUUGAACUGUUCGAGGCCCGGCGAUUGGGUCGAGUUUGAGGUGCUGCUGGACUGCGUCGUCGGUUGGAGCUCCUGUCCUUUUGAUCAGGAGGGUUGGUCGGGCGGGACUCCCACGGAUGUGUUGGUGGUCACUGGUUUAUCUAAGGGGGAAAAUGGACUGACAAGUGAUUAUGAAAUGAGCGAGGAUACCUAUAAAAGGAUCUACGGAAAAGGAAAACACGAGUGA